UUAGUCAAAAGUUCAUAGAAGCAGAAAUAAAACUAUUCUUGUAUGAAAUACUUUGAAGCAAUCAAUUUUGUUUGUUCACCAAAAAAAAAAAGAAAAAAACAGUGUCGUGGUAAACCAAGGAUUUGAUGGUGAUAAAAUGAAGUGAAGAAGUGUAUUUAAAUAGAACAUCCUAUUAAAUAUUAUUAAUAUUUCUAAAUUGUAACAGUAAUCAUUGGAACGGAAAUAAUGGAUUUAAUCUCAAAAAAAUCUUUACACUUGUUAUUAUUAAUCAAAAAAAAUAAACAAGUAUUAAUAUGCUGCCAAUUUUCAAGUUCAAUAAUCUAGUAGAUUCCAUUGGUGAAUAGUUUUUAUUCUAAUUUAAGUGCUGACCGUGAAUAUUCUUAUCUUUUGCUGAACGUGAAGAUUUAAAGACAUAAGAAAAUGGACGAAACGCCCAUCCAAUCUUUUUACAAAAACGCAAAUGUUCUAAUUACGGGUGGAACAGGUUUUAUGGGAAAAAUUCUCAUAGAAAAAUUACUUAGAUCGACAGAUGUAGGCACAUUAUAUUUACUUGUUAGAGAUAAACGAGGUAAAAAUGUCCAGGACAGAUUAAAUAUUCUAUUUGAAGAUAAGAUUUUCAAUAGGUUGAAAGAGGAGAGACCCAAAUUUGAACACAGGGUUAAAACUAUUUCGGGCGAUUUAGGAAUUCCAAAUUUAGGUAUUAGCAAAACAGAUGAGGAAUUCCUUAAACUGAAUAUAAAUAUUGUAUUUCAUAUGGCUGCUACUAUCAAAUUUAAUGAAAAUCUCAAAAGCGCUCUCGAAGUAAAUGUAAGAGCAACGCAGAAUAUUUUAGAUUUAGCUAAACAGAUGCGCGAUUUAAAAUCUAUCGUCUACGUAUCUACAGCAUACUCGAAUUGCCCUCAAAAAAUAAUAAGAGAAAUGAUUUAUGAAUCUCCAGCCUCAUAUGAAGAACUUAAAAGCACCUUAGAUAAAUUGAGUUACAGCGAAAUCGAAAGGAUAACCCCAAGAUUAAUAGGAAAAUGGCCAAAUACAUACUCUUUUACAAAAUGUAUGGCUGAAUCAUUGAUUAAAAAAGUAGCUGGAGAAUUACCUAUAGCAAUAUUUAGGCCCUCCAUUGUUGUAUCAACGUACAGAGAACCAUUAACAGGCUGGAAAAAUAACUAUUAUGGUCCAACUGGAGUAUUUACUACUAUAUUACUAGGAUUAAUGAGAGUAUACUAUGGAAAUCCGGAAAUAAUCCUUGAUAUUGUUCCUGCCGAUAUGUGUAUAUCUGGUCUAAUCGCUACUGCUUGGGAUAUUUCUGAUGGCAAAAAUGAAGUCCAAAUUUAUAAUUAUGUUUCUGGAGCUGAGAAUCCAGUAUCCUUGAAGGAAAUUAUCAUAAUGAAUGUAUUCAAUAUGCAAAAAAAUCCUACUAUUCAUUCAAUGUGGAAACCGUUUGUAGUUUUGACCCAAAAUUAUUAUAAUUAUUGGUUCCUAGCGUUCAUCUUCCAUUUAAUACCCGCUGUUGUUAUGGAUUUCUUUUGUAUAUGUAUGGGAAAAAAACCAAGAAUGUUCAGUACCUAUAGAAAAAUCCACAAAGCUAACGAAGCGCUUUACGUCUUCUCGAGUAGAUCUUGGGAAUUUUCAAAUAACAAUAUGAGAAAUGUCUGGCAAAAAAUGCAACAAAAGGACAAACAUCUAUUCAACUUCAAUAUAGCUGAUGUGAAUUGGAUGAGCUUCUGUGGUACGUACAUAAAAGGCAUUAGAAAGUAUAUACUGAAGGAUCCUGAUAGCACCUUGGUUGCUGCUAGAAAAAGGGCGAGAUGGUUCAAUCUAUUAAAUUUCAUCAGCAAAUAUCUUCUGAUAUUUAUGGCGUACAAUACAGUGAUGAGAAUGAUAACUUGAUGGUUAUUUUCAGUAAUAGGUUUAUAUGUUAUAAUAUAUUUAAUAAUUAUGUAAAUAGAAUUGUUCAUUAAACUUAUGCAAAUAAAUUUUUAUAGAAGUUC